AUGGCACCCACAGCACUAGCAGACGUGGCGGACGGGCAGUUUCUAGAGAGCAUCUCGGACGCCAUCGACGACGUCAACGUGAUCAAGUACGACAGCAAGUCCAAGUUUGACGUGCAGAAGGAUAAGGACACGUUCCGGCAGUACGAGGAUGCGUGCGACCGGGUCCGCAACUUCUACCGGGAACAGCACCAGAAGCAGACGGUGGCGUACAACCUGUUGGCCCGGAGCCGGUUCUACAGCGCGUCGCGCGUGCGGCCGCGCAUGACCAUCUGGCAGGCCAUGGAGAAGCUGGACACGCUGGUGGACGAGUCGGACCCGGACACGAGCCUCUCGCAGAUCCAGCACCUCCUGCAGAGCGCCGAGGCCAUCCGUCGCGACGGGAAGCCGCGCUGGAUGCAGGUCACCGGACUGAUCCACGACCUCGGCAAGCUCAUGCUCUUCUUCCCCGAGCUGGAGACCCAGGGCCAGUGGGACGUGGUGGGCGACACCUUUCCCGUCGGCUGCGCCUUCGACCGCCGCAUCAUCUACCCCGACACCUUUGCCGGCAACCCCGACAGCCACGACCCCGUCUACUCGUCCGAGUACGGCGUCUACGCGCCCCACUGCGGCCUCGACAACGUCAUGCUCAGCUGGGGCCACGACGAGUACCUAUACCACGUCGUCAAGGACCAGAGCACCCUGCCCGCCGAGUCGCUCGCCAUGAUCCGCUACCACUCCUUCUACCCCUGGCACCGCGAGGGAGCCUACCGCCACCUCAUGGUCGAGAAGGACUACGACAUGCUCAGGGCCGUUCAAGCCUUCAACCCUUACGACCUCUACAGCAAGAGCGAUGGUGUCCCCGAGGUCGAAGAGCUCAAGCCCUACUACAUGGACCUCAUCAACGAGUUCUUCCCCAAGGGUGAGCUCGAGUGGUGA